AUGAGUCGAGCCUUCACUAAAGAUCCUAAGCGUAGGAAUGGCGAAAAUUCCUCAUCGUAUCAUGUUGCCCAAUCGACUGAUUCUAAAAUUGUUUUACAUAAUAAUAAUCAAUUGUUUUCGCAGCAACUGCAAAAACCAGACGCAUGCAGCAAUGCACAAACGAUUAUUCCUACCCCCAUCAAUUUAUUGGCAGCAUCCAACAAUGAACAAUCUUCAUCAACAAAUGACUUGCUUAUGCAACCGAACCAUUUAGCUUGUCAACAAUCAGCAAUUCCUACUACUACUUAUCACGCGGUACCACCGAACAUUCAAUUGGCUCAUCCAAUUGACACUAUCAAUGCUCCUGCUGUAUCACAAGCAAAGUCGUGUAAAGAAGAACUUGUUAUUGAUUUUCUAUGCAAAAUUAUUUUGACAAUACAUGCACGUCAAGAGUUUGUUUCCGUUCAACGCGUUGAACGUGAAAUCUUUGAACAUUUAGGCAUACGUUCGUUUCAUCAAAUUGGUGUUGACCAGCGUAAUCUUACGCCAUUGAAUAAUUUGAUUCAACGUCAUAAAUCUGUGAAACUUUAUAUGCAAGUCUUUGAAAAAGUUUUCAAUUUAUGCACACUACACGAUCUUGGCGCGAUGUUAGCUAAAGUUCUUAAACUAGAAAAAUAUGAAGAUGCUCAUUUGGGUCCACUCGAAGAACAUCCCGAUAUAAAACGUAUAUUUCAAUACACGCGACCAACAUCGGGCAAAGCAAUUACUGAGAUUACAACAAGCAAUGUUAUCAAUGCAUUUCUUGACUUUCAAGCGGCAUAUCGUGGCCCGAUGCGUAUACCCUUCGAUGAAUUUCUAGAAAAAUUAGUUAAAGAAUACAAAGUGGAAAGUCGUGAACAACUUGGCAUUUUUUGUCGAUCGUUUCCAUACUUAACUGAGGUGACAAGAAAAUUGACACAUGAACAUCGACGUCAUAAUCGCCAAUCAGAAUCAGAUGCCAGAUCGAAAAUAAUGAAAAUAGCUCAAGCAAAAUUUGCAGAAUUAAUCAAAGAAGUAAAAUUUGAAUUUCAAAGUCCACAUGAUAAGGAAAAAAAAUCGCCUACAAUAGUUUUUGAUCAUCUAAUUUCGAUCGUUGAAAAAUAUCUAGUCGUAUCGGAACAAAAAAUCCUUCAAGAUACAUUGAAUAAAUUUCGAAAAGAUGAAUUAUUACAGAGUCUUUUCAAUGUAAGCAUCUGUCUCGGAACAAUGAAAAAGCCCGAAGAAUUACUGGUAGAAUUGAAAAAAUUCUAUCAAUAUCCAAUUAUUAGUCCGAUUCAAUCAAGUACAGUACAAAACCCUCAACUACCAGAUAUGAACCAAUCACCUCAUAACAAACAAUACCAAUCGGGGUCAUCCAAUCAAUUAUCCUUAAUGCCAAACACUGCCAUGCGUACAGCCGUGGAUACAUCAUUCGCAAAUACGUUAUCAGCAACAGCACCGGUAGCAGGAUUAUCCAUGCCAGUAGCUAAAUCUCGAAUAACUCUUAAUCAAUUGUGUAUUGAUCUUAGCCAAUAUCUCAAAACUCGCGAUAGCAUUCUAACUGUGAAACAAUGGGCUGAAGUAGAGAAAACAUUUUGUAGUUACCAUGGAGUCGAAAAUUUUUUUGAAUUCGGUAUGAUCAAUGAAGACGACGGUGGCCGUCUUCCACUUAGCUUAAUGUCAUUUCUUCAUUUGUAUCGUCAACGAAUCGAUCCGAACGGGCAAUUAUCUGUCUAUGAAAAUGUCAUACCAACGGGUAAUCGACGAGAUCUAUAUACAUUUGUCAACCAGCUUUUAAGAAUUCAUGAUAAACGAGAAGAUGAUGCACAUGCAAACACACUCAAUAAAAGUACUACUGACAGGCCCGUUUGUUUCAGUGCAGAUCAGCUAUCAGCCAUUGAAAAAGGUGUAAAACACAAAUUUGGUAGUUUAUGCGGCUUUCAAGAUACUACCCAAAUCAUCAACAAAGCAAAACAACAACAACAACAACAAGCACAAUCCAUGAUCUAUUUUGAAGAGUCACUCUUGGAUGUUGUUAGUUUAAAUCGACUGAGUAUCAGUUCAACAACGUCAUCUAUAGAUGAAGAACAUCUGUGCAAACUGAUCCUUCAGUGCCCAGUCAUGACCGAUCUAAGCACAUGGUUACAAUGGCUGUAUUUCUUUCAACCAAAAUAUGGAUCUCUAAAAACGUUCAUUACUCGAAAGAAAACUGAACUUGACGGCCUUCUACUGUUAGAAACAUCGACUCAUGAAUUAUUUCGUCUGCCAAUUGAAUCAUCUUUGACACAUUUUGAACAAGAAUUGGCUAAAAUGAAUGUACGCUCUGCCGUUGGUUAUCUUUGUGCCUCGAUUAUUCUUGAGUAUGUUCACGUCAAUCGAUUACCAUUCAGUAUCUAUCGACAAGUAAUGCAUACAUGGUUUGUUUUGCUUCAAUCAUCGGCUACAUUUGGACACGAACCCAUCGAACCAAUGGAAUAUAUUCUUGAAUUUCUUACCUAUCUGCCAGCACUUGUCGGACAAACAUUAAUCGUUCAAGAACUUGUACUUGCACCACUCGACGAUGUAUUUCGUACUGAUUAUAAAGAACAAAAAGGUAUCAAUAAUCGGCAGAAGCUUUGGCUAUUGGCAAAUGGUAAACAAAAGAAUAAAUUGGAAAUCUGGGGCUGUGCGCUCGAUAUGAAGGAAUGGAAGAAUACAAGUAAAUGGAUGGAACAGCAGCAAAUUCAGAUUGUACCAACAAAAAGACAAUCACAUACUACAGAAGUGAUUGUAAAAGAAAAUGUUCAACCAGAUGUAGUAGGAAAAAAAAUGCAGAAGCCAAUCUCACCGGCAACAUCAUCUGAAAGUUACGUCAAUAAUGAGCAAGAAAAACGUAUUAUAAGUGAAAACGAUUCUGUACAAGCUGCAUUUGAACAUAUCGAAUCGAUCCGUCGUGGUUUUGGUGUCAACGCUGGUCUCGAUCCGACUGGCCAAUCAAUUGUAAGUAAUCUUCAAGGCAUGAUCGAGCGCAGUCUUGAAAAAUUGUCAAACGAUCUAUAUUCCGAACAAGGCCACUUCGUACUUGAACUUAUUCAAAAUGCAGACGAUAAUCAAUAUUUAUCGAAUCGUCUGCCGACACUACGAUUUGCUCUUUCAUCGGAACGUAUUCUUGUUUGUAAUAAUGAAAUUGGAUUUCGACCCAUGCAUAUUUCAGCUAUUUGCAAUGUUGGUGCAUCAACGAAAGGCAAACACAAGCAAGGCUAUGCUGGACACAAAGGUAUUGGUUUCAAAUCAGUAUUUAUGGUAUCCGAUUGCCCAGAGAUUUAUUCAGGAUCGUAUCAAUUCUGUUUCGAUACUGUGCAUGGUACUCAACAAAUUGGUUAUAUUCGACCAAUUUGGGUCGAUAAGUCUAGCGAAAUAUUACCAUCGAAUGAUGAAUGGAUAACGCGAAUUCGUCUACCGAUAAAACAAGAUAAACGAGGUGAUCGACUUCAACGAAAUUUCGACGAUAUUCAGCCGAUACUUCUACUGUUUUUGAAUCGUCUUCGGCGUAUUGAAAUCAUCCGAGAAGAUGACCAUCAAAUCAUUAGUCAUAGUUCCUUUACUCGAAUUGAUCACGCUCAAGAACAAAUUAUUGAAUUACAAGAGCGAACAGUUCAAAGAGACGAUGUCAUUAAACAUUUUUGGCUUGUUGUGAAAAAAGUUAUCCAUGUACCCAAUGAUCUCAAAAUGAAACUAAGCGAAAUAAAAUGUGAUGUCGAAUCAACAACUAUCGCCAUAGCUUAUCCAUUAAAUCCUAUUUAUGAAUGUUCAUCUCGGCAAAUUCUCUCGACACAACCAUUAUUUGCUUAUUUACCUCUUCGUUCGUAUGGUUUCCGUUUUAUUUUACAGGCCGAUUUUGAGAUAACAGCAGCGCGACAAGAAGUUAUACGUGAUAAUCGAUGGAACGAUUGGUUAAAAUCCGAAAUGGUUCAACUGUUUUCAUUGGCCUAUGAACAAUUUCAACAUUUACCCGAACUACUCAAUAAAUGUGCGCUCGAUUUUCAUCAAACAAAUCAUCCAUUAACAAAAAUUCAAACUUUAAAAUAUUUUCUCAAGUUAAUACCAAUGCGGAAUGAAAUCGAUCCCUAUUUUAAUACAUUCGUCGAUAAAAGUAUUCAAUGUUUAAUGGGUAUCAUUCGUUUACCUGUUUUUUGUCACGACGAUGAAGCAACCAUUGAUUGGGUUUUACCAUCACAAUGUGUACUUGUUCGUGAUCCGUUUAUACGAAAAAUUUUCUCGCAAAGUUUACUUUUGUCCCAUUUCAAUAGUUAUUAUCUUCAUGAUGAAUUUCUCAAAGAAUCUGACGAACAAAUUCUUAUUAAAUUAGGCUGUCGUCGAUUGGAUUUUGCUGAUAUUCUCAAAUUAAUUCGUACGCUAUACAAGCAAAAUGAUCAAAUACAUUCAACGAAAACAACGAGUAUUGAACAAAUUGCACAAUGGCUUCUUUGCAUCGAUUAUAGUCUACAACAACAACGAGAACGGCCCGACUUUAAUAACGAUCAAGAUGACGAUACAGAACAUACGACAAUAGCUGAAUUAAAACAAUUAAAAAUAAUCCCAUUACGACAACAAUCUCAAUUGGUUUCGAUUGAUGAAUUCGAGAAUCGAACGAUCUUAUUUCCACCAGAUAAAACAAUUAAAUAUGCUAAACAUCUCAAGAUUGUUCUAGAUGAUUUACCAACAAUUGAUGAUCGUCUACUGUAUUACAUCGAAGAUAAAUAUCCGCGACGCUUAGAUUCAAUAAAAGCAUUGUUAACAACUUUAGGUCUUUGUGAUGCGCGUAAUGUGCGCCGAAUCUAUUCGAGUCAUAUUGUACCGAUAAUUCGCGACGACAGCCAAUGGUCGAAAAAGCCCGAUGCAACACUGAUUGCAUAUCUCAUAUGUAUUUAUAGAGAACUUUACGCUCUGAAUCCGGAGAUGUUUGCACACGAAAUGGAACAAAUAAAGAAAUCGAUGAUAAUUAAAACGCUUGAUGGAAAAUUUGUUCGUCUUGGUUCUGAUAAAACCAUUGUUCAUUUGACAGCUUUGUAUGGCUGUUCAAAAUCACUUGAACAUUUGAAACUUACUAAUCAUCAAUUUACCUUCAUUUCGCACGAUUAUAUUCAAGAAUAUCAAAACGAAUUAUUCUAUCACGACAGCGAAAGAAGGAAGUUUCUUGCAUUUCUAAAUGAACUCGAUUUGAGUGAUUUCUUUCAAAUGAAUUUCAUGGACAACCGUUUUGCCAAUGUUGAACAACUUGUCAAUACUCCAUGGGAAAAUGAAAUGUCAUCAUUAUCUGGCCUUAUUCAUGAACCUUUUAUCAUAAAUGAUUGGUGUUCCAAUGAAUUCGAUGCACUUAUUUCAUCAAAAGACAACGAUAUUAAUCAAUGUACCCAACUUUUACUCUAUCUUCAUCAACAUCAUCGGCACAUAGCAAUGCAUUACGUGGCUUCGGUGGUUCGUUCACGAAUGCGACACAUGAAUGUGCCACCAGUGAAAAAUGUCGAAUCAUCAUUUUUGCGUUCACUUCGGCAACAUGCCUGGAUACCUGUUGUUGGUGGAAAACUAUUCAAACCGUCCGAUGUGUAUUAUCUACCUUCAAAUAAUUUACUUCGUCGAUAUGUGCCACACUUAGAUUCUACGAAAAUACCAUUGAAAGAUUCAGAUUUUAUUUUUAAUAUUCUCGGACUUAAAAAAGAUAUAACUCCCAUAACGAUGUUCGAAUUAUUUAUGAAAUGGUCAUGUAAUUUAGAUCGAGAUUCUCUCUAUCAAAUUAUCAAUCUUCAUGUUAACCUGGAUACGAACGAACCAAUACCGUGCAUCAUGCCUAGAACAAAACGCCAAUCAUGUUUGGAUAAACUUGAAAAUAUUUGUCAAGUAUACCAAAUGAUAAUUACUGCCGAUGAAACUCAUUCACUUCUUGCUCGUUUUCGUCUAUGGCCACUAGUUUUCAUACCGCGAACUGAAGAUAUGGGCGACUUCCUAUUCGCUGAUGAAGUCAUUUGGAACGAUCCUCAUUCACUGUUAGAAACAACAAAUAGUAAAAUGACAAGUCGAACUUCAACCAAACAGUACACUUUGAUUCAACCCUAUUAUGGGCAAAAUCCAUUAUUAAAAGCAUUCUUUAUCAAUUUACUCCAAGUUAAACAACAACCUACACUUGAAGAUUAUCUUCCAUUGUUAUCAAAUGUAAACGGUAAAAAGAAAGACUAUAUUUGGCGAUGUAUUGAUGUUAUAACACAUCUUGCAUUUACUCAAAACUGCCAAACAUUAGUUCGAGAAAAAUCUGCCAAUUGGGCUUUUAUUCCAUGUUUGGACACAGCAAAUGAAUAUCGCAAAUGUAGCGAUCCAAUUUUCUAUCCACACGACAUGGAUAUUGCUCGUCUAUUUUCAGACAUACUGUUGAUUGUCAAUCCAUCAGGUCAUAUUUGUACUCCGACUUUAAAAAAUAUGUUCUGCUCGAUGUUUGGAAUUCCAAAUCUAAGUGAUGUCAUCAAGAUUCUUGCUAAUAGUGAUAAUGAACGGCCAUCGAUGGAAUUAACCGAUUUUUAUUUGCAUACCAUUGAUCUUAUUCAAUCAUUCUUAAUCAAACAUAAUAGCCUGUCCGAGACACAAUCAAAUUAUUUUCAAUCAGUUUUCGCUCGAAUGAAAAUUGUUUCAGUCGAUCGAAUCCGUUUCUCGUAUUCAUACAAGGAUAAUACAAUAAGAGCAUUGAAAUCAUCAAAAACACAUUCGUCUUUUAUCGAUGAAUCAACUGGAAAAUUCUUUAUUUUGAAAACAAUCGAAAAACCUGAAAAACACAUCAGUACACUGGUGAAUUAUUUGAUUGAAAAUGAAUUAAUACGACAGAAACUCGCCGAAUUUAUCAAAAAUCUCUUCAAAACAUAUCAACAAAAAGGACCUGACGGUUUGACAAGUCUAAGACAAAGCUUGCCCUUACAAUCGGGCACAAUGAAAUGGGUAAUUGCACCCGUAAUCAAACAGCCCGAACUCUUAUUUACAGAUCAUGAGGAGACCGAUGACGAACAACGGAUAAGUUUAAAUAAUGCAUCCGUCAAUAUUUCCGAUGAAGCCAUUGAAAACAUGAAAAAAGAAUCGAAUUGCUUUCCAUUAAAGGUUCAGUCUAAUAAAGUCGAAGGAGAAGGAGAGGUAAAACCACUUGUCUGCUUUCCAGUCAAGCCAGGAACGAUAAACUUGAAUUUACCAUCGCAAGGGAAAAAACCACAACCAGGCAGUGUCUUAAAAGAAAACAAUUUCACGUGUACAUCUCGUAAUGAUGCAGUAAUUUCAUCUGAAUCGACAUCAAUUACUUCAAAGAAUGUCCAAGAACAGCUAAAGAAAACCGCAGAUGAACAAGUAGUACCAAACAAUAAUUUCACGAAGGUCGAUGUGAACACACAGCCAACGUCAAAUGACGAUGAACGAUUAUCUGACCUAACUUCAGUGGGAAAAAAAAUGUCGUCGGUGCCAACUGUAUUUGAACGCAUUCAUAUUUCAAAUAUACAUGAUUUCAAUCUUUCAGUAUCGAAUGUCUUACCAUUAGUGGGUAAUUCAAGCGCAGGUAACAUGGAAGACGAUCUUAAGACAGGUCGAUGUGGUGAAAAUUUUGUCUUUGGAUAUCUUCAAUGGAAAUAUCCUAAUGAACAAAUCGAAUGGGUAAAUCAAAAGAAAGAAUCCGGUUUACCCUAUGAUAUUAGACUAGUGCACAAAACGACAAACGAUAAAACAGAACUGAUUGAAGUUAAAACAACGCGAUCAUACAAUCAAAAUACGUUUCAGAUGUCAAUUGGUCAAAUCGAAUGUUUACUUGGAAAUCCAGACAAUUAUUCAAUUUAUCGUGUUCAUUAUACUGACGAUGAAAAAUCAUCGACCAUUACAAUACUCAGCCAAGUGAAAGUUCAUUUACAGAAGAAAAAUCUUGCACUUUCAAUGACUAUCGUAGCAAAAGCGUGUGGCAAAUAA